AUGGUGAAUUGGAAAUGGAUGCAAAUAUACCAGAAUGCUAUUUUGAAAGCUUCACCGGCAGUAAGUUCAGAUCACUGCGCUUUAAUUUUGAAAACACAGCCGCUGGUCCGGAUAAAGAAGGAAUUCAGGUUUGAGGCCUUUUGGGCAGAGCAUGAGGAGUGUAAGGAGGUGAUCAAGCGGAGCUGGCAUUUGGACGACGGGAAUAGAAGCUGUUGGAAUCAGUUUGUAAGAAAGAGAAAUAGAUGCAAGAGGGAGUUAACAGAAUGGAGUAGAAGGAAGUUUAAGAGAGCAGAUAAAGAAAUUGAAAGAAAGAAAACAGAAUUACAACACAUUCAGAAAUUUGAUAUGUCAGAAAGUGAACAGAGGAGAGCAAAUGAGCUGAAAAGUCAAAUCUCAGAGCUAUGGAAGCAGGAAGAGAAAAGAAAUAGGAAUAGAAUUGAUAAAUUGAGAAAUGAAUCAGGACAGUGGAUUCAAGGAGAGGAUAAUAUAAUGAGACUAGUGGAAGGGCAUUUCACCAAGCUGUACACAUCUAUUGGGGUCAAAAACAUGGAGGAGUGCAUAAGAGAGAUACCUAGGACUAGAAGAGUCACUAGAGAGAUGAAUGAAGAAUUGAUGGCAAAGAUCAAGGAUGAAGAAAUUAAGGAGGCAACCUUCAGUAUGGGGGGCUUAAAGGCGCCGGGUCCAGAUGGUAGACUUAUACAGGAUAAUAUAAUUAUAGUUCAAGAAGCUUUUCACAAAUUUAGCAAAAAAGGAAGUCUUGGAAACAAAGAUUUAGCCAUCAAAUUAGACAUGAAUAAGGCAUAUGACAGAUUGGAAUGGGAUUUUUUGGAAAGGGUCCUGGAAGCUUUCGGUUUUUGUAACGAGUGGGUUAAGUUGAUGAUGAACUGUGUGAAGAGUGCUAGUUAUAGGUUCAAGAUAAAUGGAAAAUUGUCCAGAAGAAUCGGUCCUCAAAGAGAGCUUAGACAGGGAGAUCCUCUAUCACCUUAUCUCUUUAUUUUGGCUGCUGAAAGCUUUACUAUACUCAUGGAAAAGGCUGCGAGAGAUAAUUUAAUUUCAGGAAUUAGAUUAGCUCCCACAGCGCCGCCUAUUACUCAUCUUCUAUUUGCUAAUGAUUGUAUCAUUUUUACAGGGGCACAAGAAGAUGAGAUCUAUCAACUCAUUCAGAUUAUAAACAAAUAUACGGAGGCAUCAGGACAAAGAAUCAACACUGAGAAGUCCGGGUUGAUUUUUGGAAGUCAGGUACCUAUCCAGAGUAGGGUGAACAUAGAAGAGAUCACGGGCAUGGCGUCGUGGGAAGACCCUGGAAGAUAUCUCGGACUGCCAGCGAGAUGGGGAAGAUAA